AUGAAAGCCCAUGAAAACCCAUGGAAACCCAUGGAAACCCAUGAAAACCCAUGGAUAUCCAUGGAGCCCAUGGGAGAUAUUACACUUUUCAGAUGUUACUCACCUGUUACAUCACCUGUUAAGCGGAUUAUGUACUUCCACAGUCAACUCUUGGCCAAGAAGUACCAGCGUGAGGACACACCUUCCCCAUUUGACAGCUCUCAGGACCCCAGGAUGUACCUUGGCAGUCGGAGUGAUCACUACAGUGAGGACGGCAACUUAGGCAACGAUGACAAUACAAACGAUCAGCCAAUAUUUGAUCCUAUGAUCCAUGCCAUACAUUGGCAGCAACCUGAGGAUUCCUCAUCGAUACACACCCCAACAUGCCAAAGCCAAGGCUUCUUAACGACAUCUCCAACAGUAGUUGAGACACCAGUGGCAUAUUCCCAGGCAAAAAGGCAUGCAGUCGAUGAUUUAGAGCACAUCAUGUCGUUCUCGUCAUCGUCCAAAUUCGUUGUUUCGACAUCACCACUCCAUUCAACAUUUGAACUUCCAAAGGAGGCAUAUGGGGAUUCUGCAGGACUGAAAAGCAUCCAAUGGGACCUAGCUGAGGGAACAAGCUAUGAGUCAAAGACGCAUGUGGAGUUGAUUGCUGAAUUGCAAGAAACAUGCUCUGAAUUCUGGAGCGCAAAAGAGUAUGUGGCGAGUGCAGUGUCAGCCAUAGAUGCAACCAAUGCCCAGCUAGCUCUGUGUGGAAUGUAUGCAUCAAAGGCUCGGGCCCAGCUUCUCUCACGUGAAAAGGGAAACAAACACAAAGAGGAGGGUGGUCAGAUCAAAGGCACAUUUGGAUGCGUGGUGACACACAGUGGCUUUGUUCAGCACCAAACAGACCGAUUUAAGAGGAAGAUGAUGGAGGAAGAGUUAGAGAAGGUAAAGAAGGAAGUACAGAAGGAUUGGGAAGAGUUCCAAAGAGGGCAGAAGGCAUGUGCGGCAGUGUGGAAGGAGGAGAAGGAAAGGUUGCAGGCACUAAAGCUGAGGGUGCCAAAGAAACCGAAAGGAGUCACAAAAAGGGAGUGGAUAGCAGUGAACUAUCCCCAGCUGGCCGGUUUGGCAUCAGAUAUGGUCAGAGAGUGUGGAGGGGAGGAGGUUGAGCCCAUUGGGGAUGACAACGAGUGA